CACAGCUUUCCUCAUGCACCCUCCCUCUUGGGGCUAAUGCACAAGCAUGAACAUCUAUUGAGGAAAACCACAAAAAACUUCAAAACAGCUACAACGGGAAAAAGAGAGUAUUGUCCCAGAGUCAGCAGGCCACUAGCUUAUUAACUUCCAGUCACCUUGGUUUUUGCUAAAAUGAAGACUCUGCAGUCUACACUUCUCCUGUUACUGUUUGUGCCUCUGAUAAAGCCAGCGCCACCAACUCAGCAAGACUCACGCAUUAUCUAUGAUUAUGGAACAGAUAAAUUUGAAGAAACUUUAUUUAGCCAAGAUUAUGAGGAUAAAUACCUGGAUGGAAAAAAUAUUAAGGAAAAAAAAACUAUGAUAACACUUGACGAGAAAAGUCUUCAAUUACAAAAAGAUGAGAGUGUAACACCAUUAACCCCCAAGAAAGAAAAUGAUGAAAUGCCCACGUGCCUGCUGUGUGUUUGUUUAAGUGGCUCUGUCUACUGUGAAGAAGUGGACAUUGAUGCUGUCCCACCCCUGCCAAAGGAAUCAGCCUAUCUUUAUGCACGAUUCAACAAAAUUAAAAAGUUAACUGCCAAAGACUUUGCAGACAUACCCAACUUAAAAAGACUUGAUUUCACGGGAAAUUUGAUUGAAGAUAUUGAAGACGGUACUUUUUCAAAACUUUCUCUGUUGGAAGAACUUACACUAGCUGAAAAUCAACUAUUGAAACUUCCAGUUCUUCCUCCCAAGCUUACCUUAUUUAAUGCAAAAUACAACAAAAUCAAGAGUAGAGGAAUCAAAGCGAAUACAUUCAAAAAACUGAAUAAACUCUCCUUCCUCUACUUGGACCACAAUGCCCUGGAAUCUGUGCCUCUUAAUUUACCUGAAAGUCUACGUGUAAUUCAUCUUCAGUUUAAUAACAUAACUUCAAUCACAGAUGAUACAUUCUGCAAGGCCAAUGACACCCGUUAUAUUCGGGACCGCAUUGAAGAAAUACGCUUGGAGGGCAACCCCAUCGUCCUGGGAAAGCAUCCCAACAGUUUUAUCUGCUUAAAAAGACUGCCCGUAGGGUCAUACGUUUAACCACAUCAAUGCAGAAGAUAAGCUAACAUACACAUACUUAUAAUCUGUCUCAACAAUGUCUAAAGGAGCAUGAAUGUUUAAUAUUAACUGUGUAUCUCACUAUGAAGGAAUUUUAUGUUUUAAGCAAGGAUGGUCAAAAAUCUUAAAUAUAACAACAAGUAAAAAGUAGGAUUGAAUCUCUAAAUUCAAAACAAAGUAAUGUGAAAAUAUUUAAAUAGCAUUACAAAAUCCUUGUAGUUUAUACCAGCAUGUUAUUUAAUAGGUAUGUUUUUAUAUAAAUACCCAAAUUUAAGAACCAUUAUUUCCAUUACUAAUGAAGUAAGAGGAUAAGUCUAAGAAACUUUCAACUGUUUUUCUUUCCUGGCCUUUACUGGAUCCCUAAAGCAUUUAAGGCAGAGGCUCCAAAAACUGUGAAAAGCUAAAUAUUUCCAGUAAUCUCCCAUUUUUCUUUUAUGAUUCAUACAUUAUUCAUUUUGAAGUAGGAAUUUUGUUUUCUUUCUAUUAAGGCAGCUAUUAUAUUUUUACUUAGCCUGAGAAAUAGGGUAUAGUCUCCUAUCUAGGCAAAGCUUUCCAAAUAAAGUAUAAUCUUACUCUCUCAUAAGGAGCUAACAGAGUAAUGCUCAAAGUUAUUCUGCUUUGUAGUCACACAGUUAAAGGCUUUAGUAAAACCGUACAAAAAUUUCUUUUAUCUAAAUAUUAACAUUCUAAGUCUACCAUAAAACACUUUAUGUCAAGCAGACCAAAAUCUGUGUGCUUAUAAGAAAAACUGAAAGUCCAACCUGUUUCUCAGAAAAUAGCCAUAAAGUUCUCCAUUGCAAAGGCUUUCAAAUAUGAUACUGCAAAACAUUUUUUUUUACAUUAUAGGAAAGAGAAUCUCAGCAAUAAAUUUGUCCAAAUGUAAGACAUGAAAACAAAAUGAAUUCUGUAGUGGUAUUGCACACCGCCUUCCUACCCACCCAUACAUGUCCAUGUUCACACAAAAAGACUACAGAUUCAUAAGAAAGCUUCUGAGAAGCAUUUUCUAAAGACUCAUGAUUAACUCAUACAUUUAAGGGUGAGAAUUCACCUUCGAUCUAAUAGUGAAUUUAUAAGGACACAAAGCUGCCAGAUUAAAGUUCCUAAAAUAAAUUUCCUCUUGCUCAAACCCCAUUCAAAAGUCUUAGUCUCUACAUUGCUUUGGGGUUACGUACAAAAUUAUCAGUGCUUUACAAAGAUGAGUUUAAUACUGUGGAUUGUUUUCAACAUAAAUCAUACGUGAGAAUCAAGUUGGUCUCUCUACACUAUUCCCAGAACAAACAAAUACUUAUUCGUAUUUUUAAGCAUUUGCUUCUGUUUUUUUCAGAAAUAAGUAGGUCACUCUACCUAGAAUAACCUCCUGUUUUUCAAAUCUUCCCUCAUUUGUCAUGGUUGACCCCAAGACGAAACUUUUUCAUUAAAAUAUCUGUGAUCUUAAGGCCACAAUAAUUACUGCUAUAAAAACUUAUUAACUCAUUCACUUGUUUUACUCUGGUAACUGAUAGUCAUACUACCAUACUGCCUUCUCAUUAUCUUGUGUGCAUGCCUCAUUUCUCUGUGACUGAAAGCUCACCAAAUGCACUGAACAUACUCCCUUUGUACUUUCAAAGUGCCUAGCAUAACAGUGAGCACAUUUGAUUUGAAUAUACCAUAAACAGUGCAAAAUAAAAUUCAUUUUAACAUAA